GUGGCACAGCAUGUGAUCAUCAGGCUGGCUCAAGUUUCGUUUGUUCAACUGUUUAAGCUACACGUUGACCAAUGGCUGACAUUUUCUUACGGUGCAGAUCCUCGAUGAGCUCCCAGAUGAGACGGUUAAUGCAGGACCCAUUCGGUCGGUCUUUGAACUGCUCCGCCACCUUUGUCGAAAACAUACAAUGAUCCCUGAAACAUGGGUCAUACAACCGAAUCGCUUAAAAAAGACUAGCGAACAAUGGGUGGGUCGUGGCGGCUUUGGCGCUGUAUGGCGGGCAGUAUACUAUGAAGACCCGCGAUCCGCUCCGGUGCAUGUGGCUCUGAAGGAACUCCCCGCAAGUGCUACAAAUGCGGGCGUUGUACACCCCGAUAUCUGUCAAGAAAUCAUAAUGUGGCGACGCCUGCAGCAUCCAAAUAUUGUGCCGAUGCUUGGCAUUGAUAGACAUAUCUUUCCGUUGUCCAUUGCAAGCGCGUGGAUGGACAACGGCACCAUCACGCAGUUCCUGGAGAAUUAUCCCAAUGAGGACCGACUUCGUUUGCUCCGGGAGGUUUGCGAGGGAUUGCGUUUCCUGCACAUGGAGACCUUCGCGCAUGGCGAUCUGAAGAGCCCCAAUAUUCUUGUAGAUAGCAUGCGGCAUGCGCGCUUGUGCGACUUCGGCAUGACAACGGUUAUACAUUCUCUUAACUCGGCGAAUGCGUCCACCGAGAGCCAUGGCGAGAAGGGUACCACGCGCUACUUGGCACCCGAGCUAUUGGAUCCGGAGCAAUAUGGACUACAACAUGCGCAUGUCUCGUUACCAGCGGACAUUUAUGCACUAGGCAUCGUAAUUUGGGAGGUAUUCGCAGGGCGGGUGCCGUAUGGACGGUGGCGCGGCCCUCAGGUUAUUCAACAAGUCCUGGCGGGGUAUAGACUGACCCGUCCAGAGCGUGCCCGCGCCUUAGGUUUAUCUGAUGACUUGUGGGGCGUAGUGGUGGCUUGUUGGCACCCGAACUGGGACAUGCGUCCGACGGCCGUUCAAGUACUGGGGGCGAUCACUGAGGAAGCUGCCUCGACACUGGUGUCUCCAAACCUUGAUCCUCGGAUCCUAGUGUCGAUGGCCGAGAUCUUUCGCGAUUCCUGAUAACCACCGGCAUGCUGUGUAUCGAGAGUCUGUACCGAUAGUUUAACGUAUAUGUAUGACAUGCAGCGAAAUCUCUCUGUCGGGCUUUAUCGUGAUACAUUGAAACACAGCGCGACGAUCUCAUGUAUGUAGUUACAGUGUAAAUGAUGGUUGUGUAACCUGC